AUGGCUUUUCUACAAUUUAAGAGCAAUGAAACGUUAUAUUUUUCCAACAUAUCAAAUGCUAAAGAUGAACAAUCAAAAGUAUUGAGUACUUCUCAUCCAAAUGGUGAUCAACAUAAGAUUUUGAAAAAACCUAGAGAAGGAGCAGAUAUAUAUUCUGAUGUUUAUGUAUGGUACUUUCUCAAAAAUGUAUACAAAAAAAUGGAAAUUUGUUCUUUUAAUAAAAUGGAUAAUACCUAUACUUUAAGAAGAAAAGGGAUAACAUUUGAGAAUGUGCCUGCUGAUAAAAUAAAACCAUACUUAAAAGAUUUAGAUGAAAUCGAUAGCGAAAACAAUAUAGAUAUUAUACAGUUAAAUGAAGAGAAUGUAUUACAAAAUAUAAAAAACAGAUAUAAGAAAAACAAAAUAUAUACUUUCCAUGCUUCUCUUUUAUUAGCUGUUAAUCCAUAUAAAGAAAUAAAAGGGUUGUAUGAUAUAUAUCAAAUGAAUAUAUAUUUAAAAAAACUGACAAAUGAUCAUAUGUCUAAUGAACAACAUAUGAAAGCUCAUAUAUAUGAUAUUAGUAAUAUGGCUUAUAAGAAUAUGAUCCAGAAAAAAAAGAGGCAAACAAUAGUUGUAUCAGGACAUAGUGGUAGUGGUAAAACGGAAAAUUGUAAAUUCCUGUUUAAGUAUUUCCAUUAUAUAUUUUUUCAUAAAAAUGGAGGAACUCAUAAUGAUAACAAUAAUAAUGAUAAUAAUAAUAAUAACAAUAAUAAUAACAACAAUAAUAAUAAUAUUCAUAGUGUGAAUAACAAUAUAUAUAAUAAUUUAUGUACAAAUAUUUACACAUCGUUGAAAGGCGAAACAGAUAAUAAUGCUGAGAAACAAAAUUAUGUUGGACUUUUGGGAAGUUAUAGAAAGGUUAGGGAUACUACAAAUGAUGAUGUAAAAAAUAUGAAUGAUAGGCACAAAAUUUAUAAUGAUAGUUUACAUAAUGAAAGAAUUGAUAAACUUAUCUAUAUCAAUAAUAUUAUAGAAUCGAUGAGUAACGCUAGAACUAUAAAGAAUAAUAAUAGUAGUAGAUGUGGACGAAUAAAUGAUUUAAUUUUUGAAGAAAGAGAGAAUACACAAAAGGGUGAAUCGCAUAAUAUGUUUAAUUAUUGUUUUAAUAAUAUAAAAAUUGUAAUUCUUUUACUAGAAAUUAAUAGAUGUAUUCGUCAUAAUAAAGGAGAACGUAAUUUCCAUAUAUUCUAUCAGGUGUUGUAUGGAUUAAGCGAUAAGCAAUUAUAUGAGAGGAAUUUAGUAAGGAAUGUUAAUCAUUAUCAUAUAUUAAAUUGUGAUAAAGAAGAUGAUAAAGAUAAAUAUACUAAUGAUAUGUCUAUAGAUAAUAUGAAUAAUAGUUUUGACGAAUUAGAAAAAUCAAAAGAUGAAAAAAAUUUCAAAUUGUUAUUAGAUGGAUUAAGAUAUAUAAAAUAUGAUUCUCAUAUAAUUAAUCAAUUUUUUGAUGUAAUAGGUGGAAUUUUACAUCUAGGUCAAAUAAUAGAAGAGAAUAUAAAAAAAAAAGAUAAUUAUAAUGAUAAGUUGAUAAAUACAAAAAAUAAUGACAAACAUAUGUUGAGCUAUCCAUGUAAUGCUAAAACUAAUAAUAUGUAUAGUGAAAGUUAUAAAUAUAGUUCUGAAUGUUUGAGUAUCAAUUUAGAGGAUCUUCAAAACAUUAUAAAAUAUAAAAAUAUUAAUGUUUCCUCAGAAACCAUUAAAACCCAUAGGAACAAAGAAAAUAUGACAUCUACGAUAUAUACGAUAAUAAAAAUAAUAUAUAAAAAUUUUUUUAAUAAAAUAAUAAGGGAUAUAAAUAUAACCCAUUUAAAUGAAAAAGAAAAAGAAGAAAUAAUGAAUGAAUAUAUUUAUAUGUAUAAUCAUAAUAUCAUAUCUAUAUUUGAUAUAUAUGGAUUUGAAGAAUUAUCCUUUAAUGAUUUUGAUCAAUUAUGUAUAAAUCUAGCAAAUGAAAAAUUAAAUAAUUAUUAUAUUAACAAUGAAAUAGAAAAAGAGAAAAUAAUAUAUCAGGAUGAAUAUAUAUUUUGUAAUAAUAUGGAAGUACCUAAUUAUAAAGACACUUUAAUUUUUAUAGAUAAGAUAUUAUCAAACCUUAACGACAUUACCAAAUUACAUAAUAGUGGAUAUAAAAAAAGUGAUGACGACUUUUUUAAUUAUUUAUUGAAUAAUGAAAAGAUAUAUUUAGAAAAAAAAAAUGUCUAUGGUUUUAUAAGUAAUAAAGACCAUGCUCAUACUAAUAAAAAACAAAACAUAAAGAAAAACAAAUUUUUUAUAAAUCAUUAUGCAGGACCUAUUACUUAUACGAUUAAUAAUUGGAUAUAUAAAAAUAGUGAUAAAAUAGAGUUAGAGAUUGAAAAUUUGAUAAAGAAUUCCAAAAAUUAUUUUUUGAAUGAAAAUGAGCAGAAGGAAAAUAAUAUGUCCAACAUGCAUGUUACACAAGAGAAAAAUAAUUAUAUAAAUUGGACAAAAGAUUAUAUGAGUGAACAUGUGGAGAAAAAAAUGGAUACAGAAGAGAAGAUAUGCAAUAUGGAUAAUAUGAUGAUAGGGAAAACAAGAGAUAUUGUUUUGAACGAGCAGGAGAAUAUAUCGGGUGAUAGGUGGUGUGUGGAUAUAAUACAAGAGUAUGAAAAAAAAAAUGAGAUUAGAAGAAAUGUAGAUAAUAAAAUGUAUAAUAAUACAAAUUGUGUAUAUUUAGAUAACAAAAAUGUAGAUUUGUUGUCACAUCAUGAGAAUAGAAAGAGUAUGGAAAUUUCAAAAACUUUAUUAAAUAUAAAUUUGGAAAGAACAAAAUUAAGUAUAAACAAAAGAAAGAACACAAAUGAUAAUUAUAUUGGCAAUAAUAAUAAUAAUAAAAAAACGAAUUCAAGGAAUGUAUUAAGUGUAAGUAAAAAGUACACCAAAGAAUUAGAUAAUCUAUUCAGUCAUUUGAAUGAAACAGAUAUGUAUUAUAUUAGAUGUAUAUUGCCAAAUGACAAAAUGAAAAAAAAUUAUUUUAAAAGAUAUCUUGUAUAUGAACAAUUAAAACAAUGUGGAUCUAAUGAUAUGAUAAAAAUAUUGAAUAGUGGUUUAUCUCAUAAAAUUAAAAAAAAUGAAAUAUUAACAAACCUCUCGAAAGAAAUACAAAAAGAAUUAAUAUAUUGUAAUAACAAUGAUAAAAUAUAUUAUUUUAUGUGUUUCUUUGAUGAACAAAAACGUUUUCAUAUAGGUAAUAAUUAUGUUUUUAUGAAAUCUAAUAUAUAUACACAAAUUUAUUAUUAUAUAUCUCGAAAGUAUAAUAAAGACGAGGCUGAUCAUAACAAUGAUAAUGAUAUCUUUAUGGAUAUAAACAAAAAAAAAGACAUAUUAAGUUCUUUGAGAAAAAUGCGUUUCCAGCGAUGUGUUACAGUAAUAAAAAUAUAUAAUUGGAUAAAUACAUAUUUUAAAAUGUAUAUAGAAAAGAAAAAAAAAAUGAAAAACAUGGCAUGUGAAUAUAUAUAUAAGAUAUAUUUGAUUUAUAAAACUAUGAUGAAUGUUAAGAAGUCGUUCUCAUAUAAUAUAAGAAAGUUAAACAAAUGUUUUACCAUAAAGGGUUACAAGUUUUCAUAUAACAAGAUAAAAACUGUAAGAAGGGGAGGGUCGUUCAAAACGAAUCAAAAAAAUCAAUAUGAAAAUAAAAAGGAGCAUGAAAAAAAACAACUCUCCAUAGGAGAUAUCAAUAUGAAGGAAGUGAAUAUUAUUGUUGAUAAGUUAGAAAAUGAAAAAAUUUUAAUGAGUGAUCAAAAAGGAGGAGAAAAAAAAAAAGCUGAUGUUAAAUGUGACGAUACAUAUUAUGAUAGUAAUGAUGAUGAUAAUAAUGAUGAUGAUAAUUAUCCAGCCAAUGUGGAGAAAAAACCCUUAGAACAUGUCGAACCAGAAAUAUUUGUAGGCACUCCGGAUAACUAUCAUUAUAUAUACAAUAAUAUAGACUGGGUAGUAGCAUAUGUCGACAGAUGUAUACAUUUCUAUAAUUUAAUUUAUACAUAUAGAAAGGUAAAUAACAAGUAUGUUUUGGACUAUGAAAAAAUUCAAAUAAAAAAAUUGGAUGAUAGUUUAGAUAAUGAGGAAAAUGUGUGCAAUAAAAAAGAUAAUACAGAAUAUAAUACAAACGGUGAUAUGAUAAGUAGCAGGGCAGGUGAUAAUAUAUGUUCUUAUGAUAGUGUCCACAGUAAAAAAAAAGGAUGUACUUUAAAAAUAAAACAAUGGGAAGAGGAAGAUCACAAUCGUGAUAAUGAUAACCAUCGUGAUAAUGAUAACCAUCGUGAUAAUGGUAACCAUCGUGAUAAUGAUAACCAUCGUGAUAAUGAUAACCAUCGUGAUAAUGAUAACCAUCGUGAUAAUGAUAACAAUCGUGAUAAUGAUAAGAACCACCAUAAUAGUAACAAUGAUAAGCACAAUUUUGUUAAUAACAAAAUGUUUUCUUUUCUACAACGAAAAUAUUAUUGUACGAAUCAACAUGCUUUAUAUAAAAACAUGUUUGUAGUAAUCGAUGAAGAUUUACAUAUCAUUGUAUUCACUUAUCCAAAUUUGAAAACAAUCAGAAGGUUUCUUAAGAAAAAAAUCAAAUCUUUAAAAAUUCAAAGCGAUGAAAAAAAUGUACCCACUACCUAUUUACCUAAGUUAUACAAAACUAGUAGAUAUGAACAUCCAUUACAAAAUAAAGAUAAGAUGAUUAACAAAAUUGACAACGUGCAUGAUACCCAUAACGGGAAGGAACAAUCCAUAAACGAAUACAAAGAAAAAAAUAAUCUUAUUAUUAAGAAAAACAAAAGUGAUGUAGAUGACUCUCACAUCUCUACCUUUGACAUAUUCAGUGAUGAAAAUUUAAAUUUAUUUAUGCAUACCUAUAAAAAUAUUUACGUAUUGAAUAAUAUGGAGGAUAUUAUUACAUGCAAAGAAAAAAAAAAUAAAAAAAUAAAUUAUGAGUAUAAACAAAAUGAAUCACAAGAUGAUGAUGUAUUUAUGUUACUUGAACACAUGAAAAGGGGCUCAUCAAAUAAAAACCAUAUUGAAAAAAAUUACAAAUGUAUAAAUAAAAAAGAAAAAAAAAACAAUUCUUACAGUAUAUUAAAAGUAAUAGAAAAAACAGAUUAUAUAUUUAAUGAUCUUUAUUUAAACUCAACAUAUAAAAUUUUAAAGAUAUGUUUUUUACCAAGUAGUAUUCAUUAUGUUAUAUAUUUAGCGUAUGUCUUAACAAAUAAUAAUCACUACUUACUUGUAACUAUAGUAAAUUAUUUAAGUAAACCAGUAUACAAAUAUAUGGUACAUAUACUUAUAAAUAAUAUAGUACAAAAUGAAGAGUUUGUGGACUUUUUUAUGAAAAGUUAUGACCAAAUUGGUUCAGGUCCUUUAAUGCAAAAGGAAGAACUUUUGGCUAGCCAGGAAAAAAAUAAAAACCAAAACCAAAACCAAAACCAAAACGAAUCGAUAAUAAUAAAUGCACAACAAAAGAAAGAAAAAAAAUAUGUUAUGUGUAAAGAUAUAUUAAAUAAAUACUUAAGUACAUUAAAAAUAUCCAUAAUUAAUAAUCGUCAUAUAAUACUCUAUGGAUCUUGUUUAUUAAGUUUAAUAGAAAUAAAAAAUUAUAAUUUAAAUAGCUCAUAUAAUCCUUAUGUUAAAGAAUAUGAAUAUAAAUAUUUAAAACUUAUAUUUAAUUUAUACUGUUUUGAACAUUUCAGUAAUGCUUAUGAUAUAUAUGUCAACAAAUUAUCCUAUGACCUAAAGCAUCAUCUGGUAAAAAAUGAUUUAUUUAAAAAGGAGAGAAAAAAUAGCCAUUUGUUUUACCUGAACAAGUCAGGCGAAAAUUGUGAUCCAAAUGGAGAUAUAUCAAAAGGAAAAGAUAAAUAUAUACAAAAAGAUAAACAAAUGUAUGAAAAUAUGGGCAUACAUAAUAAUAAUAAUAAUAAUAAUAGUAAUAGGAUGUAUACAUAUGAAGAGACCAUACAUAAGUACAAAAUGAAUAAAAACGACACGGAGGAAGAAUAUACAUUUUAUAUUUUUUCUUUGUUUAACGAUAUAUAUAUGUUGACAAAUGGGAAAUUGAAGAAAAUGAGCAGCAUAGAAAAAAUGAAUGAUACCAAUAAGGGUGAUGACAACAAGUCGUUGGAUGUUCUCUUUAAUUAUAAUGAAUGGAAAAUAAUAAAAUUAAAAAAUGAUAGUUUGGAUGAGCGUAUGAAAAUUUGUACAUUUCAAGGGGUUAUGAACAUGAAUAUAAAUUAUUAUUAUAAUAAGAAUUAUUACAAGAGUAAUAUAUCUUUAAGUUCAUGCAUACAAUCAACUAUUCAAAGAUAUAAUAUAUUUAAUGAGGAGAAACGGAAGGGCGGUGUUAUUCAAAUGAAUUACCAGGGGUCUAUAUAUCCUGAUGUGUAUAUAUUAAGGGAGCUAAAAUAUGGAGAACAAGGACAAAAGAGAAAACAAGCAUAUUAUUACAACUUUAAGAAUGAGCAAUUGCUUACAUUGUAUGACGAAGGGGAUUGUGAAACGAUCGAUAUAAGUGACAAAACAAAACAAUCGUACAACAUCUUAUCGUGUACCCCAUUAAAUCAUUUAGAUACAAUAUUAUUAUUAAUGAAAGAUAUAAAUGAGAAUAAUUCCUAUGCUCUCGAAGUGAUGAACAUCGUCAACAAAAAAAAAAAAAUUCUUCCCAUCACGGAGUGA